AUUACUUGGGUGUGGAGAGGGAUCCGCAUCUGAUCCUUCCAGAUUGUUAUAGCUUUUGCUUUUAAGGUUUCUGUCUGUCCUGUUGAUCGGGUUCAAUGGCCUGAUGGCAGGAACCUUAUGGCUUUUCUUGUCUUUUCUGCCCCCUUUCUCCCCUCGAUUUCCGGCAGGGUUGGGUUCUGAUCACUCACUUAUCGUUUCAUGUCAUUCACGAUUGUCGGUGGGUUUGGAUCUGGAUUCGCAUGAUCUUUGUCAUUCAUUCUUUAUCCUUCGCAUCGCCAAACAAUCGAAACAAUCUCUUUGCAGGCCUAUCCCUUGUUUCUUUCAUUCCCUUCCGCUAUUGUUGGUCUCAUUGAGAAAUUGUUGGCCACCGGGUAUCUGCCACUGGCAUGCCUAUAGAUGUCAAGGUAUCUGCCCAUCUGGUCUCUCUCCUUUGAUUCUCUACAUUUUCUCUCUCUUGUUUUCAUGAAUCUCCUCGUGAGACGGCUAUGCCAUUAAGAGAUUGGAGUGCCGCGACAAGUCACAUCCAAAACAACCUACCCUGUUCCCGGUUGGCCAGGCUGGGAAUCUUUCUCAGAUACCGUUCCUGCGCAACUUCUCGUCUGAGCAUUGUUGAACCCAUCUCAACUUCGAAAAGAGGACCACGAGUCGGCAGAUAACUCGGCCCUCCACGCGGCGACUCACGGGCCUUUGGUUUCUGUAUCUUC